UGUUGUUCCUAUCCCACUGUGGUUAAGAAAGAGCUUCAAACAAGCUGGGCAAGAAAAGGUUUGACAAGACAAGACAUGGACAUGGGAGAAGUUUUACCAAGAGAUGGUGUUCAAAAACCUUGCUACCAUGGACCCUAAGACCAGAGAUACACUUGUGAUGCAUGCUGUGGACCUCAACAUAAAAGAAAUUGACGAUCUGCUGACAUUUUAUCCCUGCAUUCCUACAUCAGACGGAGAACUCCAAUAUAUCAAGAAACUUGUCAAUCCCUCUGGAAGAGUGGCCUGUCUUUUUGAGCCAGAUGAAGGACGCUUGCUGGGUGGAACCAAACAAGACUUCGGUUCACCCAGAAGGAUUCAACGGUUGCUGGAACUUGGAAUGGCCAGUGAUCACCUUUCACUAGAGGACAUCACACACAAAGCAUGCACAAUGACUGAAACCUGGAGAGUUGACAAAAAGAAAGCAUAUAAAAAUGUAAAAUGCCUUCUUGAACUUAUGAAAAACCACCUGAAUGACAAAGAUUCUCCCCACUGGAAAACCUUGAGAAUGACUCCAUUUCUCCCAGCAUUUUCCCCUGGUGACAUAAAGAUGAAUGAAAACACAAUGCUCCAACAACCCACAGCAAUUUUCAGUGACAGAUUCCAUCCACUUGUUAAUAUGAUUCAUCAUGUGCUGGAUCAUAUUGGACUGAAAAUACACAACACUGACCCUGUCUUGGACCUUUUAGAAGUUCAGAACAGUCCAGAGCCAGAGACUGUGCUUCAGCAGCUGCAAGAAGCCAGUAAGCAUUCACAGUCUUUGGACACAUCUGUGCUUCACAAAGUAGCAUAUGAGUGCUAUAAGUUUCUAGAUCAGUGGAUCAGUGGUUGUGAGAAUGGCACUUUCAUUUCACAGCAGGCCAAUUCAUUCCCCUUCAUCCUCAUUGGCAGAACAUUUGUUAAUGUCAACUGUGUUGCAGAAAAUGAACAGUUUGAAGCCAAACCUUAUCUCCACGUACUUCCACAUGCCUUCACUAGUUUCAGGAAUCUUUGGGAGACGGUUGGCGUUGGAAAAAUGUUUACCACCACUCAGUUUUUCUCUGUGCUUCAAGAACUUCACUCCCAACAUAAAAACAAAGUACUCCCAGAAAGGGAUUUAUCUAUUUGCCUUACAAUUUUAAUGAAAGGGAUAUUUGAGACAAAAGAAAAACUAACUAAAGAGUGUUUGAUACCAAAUGAGCAUGGAGUUUUGCAGCCCGCCAAAGAGCUGUUUUACAAUGACAGUCCAUGGAUGCCAGUUGCUUCAGGUAUCACAUUGUGUCAUCAAAAUAUCCCUCGUCCUAUGGCUAUCCACUUUGGAAUCCAAACAACCAGGCAUCACACUCUGAAAGACUGCACAGUUGACAACUUUUCCCCUUUUUCUUUCCAUUUUGAACAGCAGGAACAACUAACUGUUCGAAUUCAAAACAUAAUUGCAGCAUAUCCGUCGAAGAAAGACAUUCUUAAAGAACUGAUCCAAAAUGCUGAUGAUGCUGAGGCAACAGAAAUUCAUUUCAUAUGGGACAAACGUCAACAUGGCAAAGAAAAAACAUUUGGGAAAAGCUGGAACAGUUUGCAGGGUCCAGCUCUCUGUGUUUUCAACAACAAAGUGUUUUCUGAUGAUGACUUGAAAGGCAUUCAGCAGCUGGGAGAAGGAGGAAAACAAAACUUACAAGGAAAGACUGGGAAAUAUGGACUUGGUUUCAACUCUGUUUACCACCUGACUGACUGUCCCUCCAUCCUAACUGGAGAUGAAUUACUUUGCAUUUCUGAUCCCAAUCAGAAAUACAUUGAAAGUCAUUCAGGCAAGCCUCCUCUAGGUAUUGGAUACAAUCUAGUUAGCGGUUUCAAAAAGAUGUACACUGAUGUCUAUGAAUCUUUUCUUCCUGAGAAAUUCCCUCUUAAAGAAGGCACCAUGUUCAGAUUACCUCUGAGGACAAACAUGGCAGCAAAAAGUUCAAAUAUAUGUCAGCAGGAUGUCACUGAGGAUUGUAUGAGGGAACUGUUCUCUGUCCUGUCUGAAGAUCCAGAAGGAUUAAUUCUAUUCCUGAAAAACAUCUGCAAGAUUGAAGUUCAUGAACUUGAUACCACUUCCAAGAAGCUUAAAACCACCCUAACUAUUGAAAGAACUCUGCAACAAGAAAGCAGAGUAAAAAAGGAAACAUUUGCAAAGCAAUUACAGAAUGCACAGCAGUCUAAGAAUCCAAUAACCCCCUGCAAGACCUUCUAUGAAAUGACAGUUUCCACCUCAGAUAAAAGACAAAGUGAAUGGAUUAUUGCUGAACAGUUUGGAUCAUUCAAAAACAGUAAUGAACUAAAAGCAGCUAAGAAACUUCCCCAGGGGGCGAUUGCUGCACAUGUAAAGAAAAAUUCUCCCCACUCUGUCCUAACCACUAACAAUGAUUUCCAAGGUGCUGCCUUCUGCUCACUCCCAUUGCCUGGAAAAACUGGACUGCCAGUACAUGUGAAUGGAAACAUUGAGGUAGAUGCAAAUAGGAAAAAUCUUUGGAAAGUAGAUGGCCAAAGUGUGAAGUCAAAUUGGAAUGAGAGUUUGAAACAACUAAUAAUCGCUCCACUUUAUGCAGAUCUCUUGCGUUACAUUAGAGAUAAAAUUAAUGUCAAGAAAGGCUUCUUUCAAAGUCUUGGACACCAUUUCAGUGAUUCAUACUUGCGCUUUUGGCCAACCAAGACAAUAAAUGUUGAUCCAGAGUGGCAUGAAAUGAUACAACAUGUGUACAGAUCCAUUAAAGAAAACGAACUUGAUGUAAUUCCAGUUCUGAAAACCUCAACAUGCAAAACUGCAAGACAGGAAUUGAUAGAGUACUCUCUUGAUUGGUGUAACCUCACAAAAACAGAUGUCCAAGCACCUUACCUAACAGACUCAACAAAUGAAAAGAUCAGUCUGGUUUUGGAAGCUCUUGGAAUGAAACUUGUUCCUGCUUUCACAAAGAUGUGCUGCAUUUGGGAAAGCAUACAGUCAGCUGGGAUUGAAGUGAAAGAAGUCAGUCCUGCUACUGUGCGUAUGUUUUUGCAAGCAAAGGCCAUCAAUGAUCCAACACAAACAGAUGUGGAUUUACCCUUGCCUGUAACUGCUACUCUCAUCCAAAACAAAAAACAAUGCUCAGAGCUCCUAGAGUUUUGUUUGAACGAUUCCCAAUUAAAGGAAAAUGCAAAGAAUGAUUCCACAUUACUUGAUGGCCUUCCACUUCUUCUUACAAAAGACAAGCUUUUACGAAAGUUUAACUCUAAAUUUCCAAAGCUGAUUUCAAGAUAUGACAGGCUUUUCUUUGGCUAUGAAGACAAAUUUGCAGAUCAUGCAAUAAAUGGAAAACACAAUCUUCUGGAAACUUUAAACCUUGUCAAGAAAUUGACACUUUCAAAUGCAGCAGAAUUCUUGAAACCAAUAAUUCAAAGUCUUCUUCAGGGUUGUGAGGUCAAUCCAGACAGUGGUCUUUAUGUCCCAAAUGAAAAUAUGCUGAAGUGGCUGGAACCACUUUGGUUUUUCAUAACAAGUGAAAUUACACCAGAGACAUCCAGAGUUGAUAAAGAAAGUUUGACAGUAAAGGACGUGAAAGAACUCUUAAGUGACUGCUGCAUCCUACCAGUUGUACAUCCAAGAGGAAACAACAAACACCUCCUGCAGGCAAUGAAAAACAUGUCAAGUGUAAUCCCACAUGUCUCAGAAAACAACAUAUCACCAGUCCUCUGCAAACUUGGUUUUCUAAAACUUGACUAUGUCUUCUUUUCAAAGGUACGUGAACAGUUUAACCAAAUACGCGAUGAACUCUUGGAUGUGAAUAAUAAAAUAUCAGUUCUGGACCAAGCCUGCAAAAUCAACCAUUCAGAGUUCAGGUUCUUGUCAAGUGAGGAGAUGAAAAUGUUUCAGAACUUUUUACAGUCAGAAGUAUCUAUGUCUAAAGAAUACAAGACAAAGCUUAAAUCUUUACCAAUUUUUGAAACAACACUUGGUGAACGAGUAAGGAUUGAUGGACCCCAAGAGGUAUUUAUCCUCAACAGCAGACAUUCAGAGACAUUUCCACAUUUGUUCACUCUGUGCAACAGCAAAAGCACUUUCCUAAAAUACAACCCAGAAAACUUUGGUCUGUCAGAAAUGCUGGAGAUCAAAAUCCUGAGUGAUCUAGACUAUUUUAUGAAGUUCAUUCUACCAUUUGUACAAACACUCACAGAGAAAGAUACUCUUGAUUGCUUAAAGCUGAUAUUAUUAAUGAGGUCUGAGUUUGACCUUUCUAAGAACAAGGACAUCAUCUUCUCACUGAAGUCUGUAAAGCUCAUUCGAAGCUCUCAAGGUCGACUUGAGACUGCCUCGUACUACUAUGACGACAGUGUGGAACUUUACAAGACAAUGGUUUCCCAACAGAAAUUUGUUCCACAGACAUUUUGGACAGACUUGAGUGAGGGAAAAGAUUAUCAAAGAUUACAAGCAAGAGACCUGAUCAGGGAACUUGGAAUGAAAUAUGAGGUGACCAAUGAUGAAAUAAUCAGUUUUGCACACCAACUGGAAUCAGAAGCAAAAGAAAAUAGAAACCUCAAAAUGCUGAAACAGAAGUCAGAACUGCUUUUCAAAAAAGCCUUGAAUAAAGUGGCCACUGACAAAAAUGAAAGGUUGCUGAGAGACAUUGCUGAUAUCAAGUUUAUCUUUCCAGUUAAGAUUCAUGAAGAUCUCUGCAAUUAUUAUCAACCAUCUGCUUCAGAGAAUACCACCGUUCAAAUCAGAGGAUCUUUGAUUGAAACAGAUCCUAAGCAUCAGGAUUUGAUUUGGUCCUCAAUGCCAAUUAUACAUUUGCCAUUUCACGUCUCACGGAGUCUCUCACAAAUGAUAAAAAAUGUUGGAGCUCACAAACAGCCACCUUCAGAAAAUGUGACCAGAAACAUGAAAAACAUUUGUCAGUCUCCAUGUAAAACUGAUCAGGUCAUCAAAACCCGUGCAGAUGUGUUUCGGCAUGCUUAUGCCUACCUGCAAGCCAAUGGCUUUGAUGGACAGUCAUUGUAUGAUCAGCCUGUUGUUUUGGUUGAAAAAGACAAUGAACUUUUUAAAGCUGAUGGUGUGUGCCUUUCACUUUCUCAUGACCUUGAGUUCAGACCAUACUUGUACCCAAUUUCUUCACAAGAUGCCUUGUAUGCAGAGUUCUUUAAGAAAGUUGGUGUGAAGGAGGAAGCCACUGCAGUGCACUACUGUAAUGUCCUAACAGCUGUUUAUGCUGAUUCCUGGGAUAAAAAGCAUCUGAAUGGUAACCAGAUGAUUACUGUAAAACGAGCAGUUUACCAUUUAUUUCUCUUAAUCAAAACUCAAAGAGAACAGACCCUCAAUGGUGAUGAUCAUACUUUGUAUCUUCCUGCAGUUGAUGGAAAGUUGCAUACAUCAAGUUCACUCUUCUACAAUGAUACAGUGUUUGAGAUCCAAAGGUUGAAGGAAGGACUGGAGGAUAAGUUUCUGUUGCUUGAGAAACUCAGUGAAUGUCAUCUGGGCAGUGACAUCUUUGAACAGCAUCGACUGGUGAAAAUGUUACCUCAGAAACUGCAGCCGAAAAUGUUGUCUCAAAUCACUGAAGAGAAAGUUGUGGAAUCAGACAUGCAACCUUGUGAGCUUGGGAAUGCUUGUGAGUUCAGUGGAUGGUUUGAUAAACAUCUCUCCUCAGAAGGAUUCAAAGAUGGACUCAUUUGUCUCCUCAGAGAACAGACUGAGGGUAAAAUAACACAAGAAAAUGCGACAGACAUGUGUGAGAAAACAUUUGGCAGCAUUCAAAUUGUCUGCUACAAGUCCCUCAAAACGAUGCUUUGGCUGGAUGAACAACCACUACACAAAACUGCCAGAGAUACUGAUGUAUUUGUCAGACAAGAGCAACAAGGUCUAACCUUGUUCUUGAAACACAAUGAUGACAUGGCUCCUAAAGUAAUAAACAAAGUUAACAUGAUUUUGACAAAGGGGAUUAAUGCUCUUUUAGGCCACCGAAUUGCAUUAGCUCACCUCCCAGUGCUCGGACAACUUCUCAUGUGUGACAGUCUGCAAGAUGUGAAACAAACUCUGGCUGAUAAUGACAUCCGUGAUAGUGUAAAUAUUGAAACAAAAACUCUCAGUCCUCCAGAUCCUGGGACAAAUAUCCCAGACGAAUGGCAUGAUUCAUUAGACAUGAGCUUUCUGAACAACUUUGAAGAAGGGGAAUAUGUUGGCUACAGCACAAACAGCAUGUACAUUUAUGCAGUUAUUGUCAAAGAACUUCCAGGUUGCUCUGGAAGAUGUUCCUGGAGAUACAAAAUAGACAUUGGAGAGGAUGAACCAGUAGAAGUCAGUCAUCUUGACCUGUACCAAUUUAAACGAGACAAAAAGAUUAAAACAGAUGGGAUCAACUGCACUUCGUCUCUGGAGCUGGUUGUGAAGAAUGUGUCACGUUCAUGCCAACCCCCACAAAGUUCUUUACCAACCUCUCUUGAUGAAGCUAAAAGAGAAAUAGACAAAUGUUUGGCUGAGAUUUGGAAUCUUCCUGAAGAGGAGAGAAGGAAAGCUAUCAAGAGACUUUACCUUAGAUGGCAUCCUGAUAAAAAUCCUGACUGCCAGGACCUCGCCACAGAGGCUUGUAAAUAUUUGCAGAAUCGAAUUAAUGAGCUCAGCAAUCUGUCAAAUUCAGGAAGAUCUUCUAAUUUCAGAGACUUCUACCAGCAGUGGAACCAAGAAGCCAGGCAUCACAGAAGUGGCCGAGAAAGAUUCUUUAGAUCUACUGGCUCUCAAUUUUAUAACUUUUGGACCCGUUACACAAAUGUUCCAAGACCAAAUAAAGAGGAGGCCAAACGCUGGUGUAAACAGGCUCGAUGUGAUCUUGACGCAGCUCAUAAAGACACAAGUGGAGGCAGCACAGAGUGGUGUCUAUUCAAAGUCCAUCAGGCAGUGGAAAAGGCUCUCAUUGCAGCAGGAUACAAGCAUGAUGGUGAACACACCACCAGCAGCUCAAUUUCAACCACAGCAGCAAAAGUUUCCUGCUACCACCCUCAACUGAGAGACCUUCCUCAGAUAGUAGCCGAUCUGAAGUCACUGGGAGUGGACGCCAAAAAAACUCAAUACCCCAACUGUCAUCCAUUUCCCCACAUUCCUAAUGAGAAGUUCAGGUCUGAAAAUGGAAUAUUAGCAGUGAACAAGGCAUCUGAGCUACUCAGCAAAGUAGAAGUGUAUGUAAAUUAGAUUGUGCUGUUAGAUUGAUAACAUUUUCUUUUCUGUGUUAGUUUUUUUUAAAAGUGAUUUCUACUAAUAUUUCAUUCCUUCUAUUUUGGUAAACCCUUUAUUGGUGUUGUAAUAUUGAAACAUAAAGAAACAAAAAAUAAUUGUACAAAAUAGACUACUUUUAAAGAGUCUUGUGCAUUUUAUUUCAUGACAGAAAACUUAAAAACUUUGGAUUAUUUUAUAAAAUAGUAAUAUCAAACCAUUUUUUUUCCAAGUACUGAAUAUGUGCAUUCAAAGCAAUUACUGUAGAAAAUGUAGUUUUAUGUAAUUCUAGCAACAUUGUAAUGCUAAUGUAAAGAUUGACACACAACUUUAAUAAUCUUUAGAAAUACUGCCUCGGAAUCAUUUGUAGUUUAUAUCAUUAAAAGAACUGAACAGUGUGUUGUCUACACUCUAAUGCAGUGCACUGUAUUUUUUGUUUGCUUCUUGGCAGAUACUAUGUUGGUUCAUUAUUAUUUAGUUAAUGCAUUUUUUCAUCUAUAUUUUAUAUUUGUUUCAUUUUACGACAUGCUUGCAGUACAUUCCCAAUAGGUGAUUAUGUUUGAAAAAUGACCAAGAAUACUGCUGUUUACUGUAUUAUUUUUUAUUUAGGUCUUUUCACUUUAAUGUUAAAAUAACUGGCAUUAUAUCAUGUUUUAUUUAGCUUACACAAAAUGUUCCUCUUUCUAGUUUAUGAUAACCAUAACUAUUGUAACAGGAAUAUAUGUUCCUUAUAAGUGUAUUUUAGUUACAGUUAACUUAGCUGUAAUAAAAACUUUGUUGCUAAAUAAAUAUUGUCACUUGUACUCAUGAAUCAUGUCCGCUUGUGUUUAAUCUUUAAUCCAUGUUUAAUUUAAUUCAAAUUCAAAAAUACUUUUUUGAUGCCAAAGGGAAAUUAAAUGUUGUAACUCAUAUUAAUUCAAAUAUCAGCAUAAGCAAAUCUUAUUGGUCCUAGCCAAGAAGCAGACAAAUAAUGUUCAGGAGGCAGAAACAACAGACAUUUUCAGGUAAAAGUACUUUUUGUUUUAUUUUUAUUAUCAAAUCAUGUUAUGAAAAUAAUGACAACUGACCAUCAUCUUAGACAAUUUUAUCUUCCUGUACAUUACCAUAAAACUUUGCUCUGACUUAUGCAACAUCCCUGCAGUUUCAGAGUACAACUGCCUUCUCUUUGUGCUGGAGUUUUGAUCAUCUCAUCUUGGAAGUAUCCAUCCCCACCGAAGAAAUCUUUACAAGGCAUCCCACAUGAGAAACUGAUUUUGUACACGAGUGAGAAAUUCACAGAUAUACCAGAAUUAGUCUUUAUUUGGAGUUUCCUGUUGCUGCCUCAUCAAAAAUAAUUUACACAAAAUCUGUACAUACUUACAAGCCUGGAGUUUGUCACUGAAGAAAUUUUAAAAUUCAAAGGAGCAACAAACAGGGUGAUAUGAGGAUAUUAGACAGUGAAUUUAUAUUGUGCAUUUGCAGCUCAAACUGUCAUUUAACCUCAUGGCACAGGAAAAUUAGGGUAAGACAACACCUAUUCCUACCAGAAAUCAUGUUAUUCUUCUAUAAAACCCACUUUCAAUCAUAGAAAUGUUUAAGCAUGUUUGUGGUGGCUGAUGUUUGUAUCAAGUAUACCUAUAUUAAUCUAGAACCUAAAAAAAAUAAAACCUAGCUUCAAUCUGCAUAUUCACACUCCAUCACACUGCUGACAAACUAAGCUGGAAUAUAAGCAGGCAUCUUAAAAACACUUAAGGCUUCAUUUGUGUCCUUUAGCUCACAGCCAACAGAAAUCCACAAUCAUAAUCCUGUUCCUGUCCAUCUUUAGAUUUAAACUAAUUAGCACUUUGGGAACGAAAUCAUUCACUGGGAGUGGACGCCAAUCAUCUUUCACAUCACAUGUAUCACAUGUUAAAACUAAGCAGUUACUAUGUUACAUGUCAAGAUGUAGAAAACUAUGAGAUGGAAUCAACAAAUGCACUCAACAUUAUCUCAAGGCUGGUGACACAAAAAAGCGUUAUUACCCGAUGUGAGUUGCUCUGCGAUGUGAGCCAAACAUUAUUCUCUUAUGACCUCUGAUAUCAACACUGAUUUUUGUAUUCCACUGUUUUUCUGAGGGAUAAUUGUCUGAAAAUCCCAGCAGAUCAGCAGGUAUUGAGGUACUAAGCACUGAAUUUACAAGAGAAUUUCUAAUCACAAAACCACUUGCAAUCUUGCAGCAAGUCAUGGAGAAAAUAUUAAGGAAAGAUCAGACCUGCAUAGUAGGCUGCCUUGCACACCAGGUUCACUUCCAUUGAUUAAUAUUUUCAAGUCAGAUACCUUAAGUCCAAGUGAAGAUAAAGGUUAUUGAUAAGAAAGUCCAUCAAUGACCUGAUGAAAUCCCAGGAAGUCUCAACUCUUGCAAAUUCACACAAAUUCAAGUCACAAUUGCAGAGGUGUGACAACCUCUGUCUGUCACACCUCUAACAUCACAAAGCUACUUUUAAAAUAAAUGUGUAGGAUAUCUUCUUAUUAAAACAAAAUAUGUUUGCUAGUGGUUUAUUUUUAGUGCAGUUUCUAAUGAGUUAUGCUGCUAUAACCAUCAGAUAAUACGAGGCAGUGCAGUAGCCUCAUCAUAUUUAUUUAAUAAUUAAUUAUGAUAAUUUGUGAUUUUAGCAAUUAGCCAAUGUGUGUUUAGUGUACCAUAAUGUAAUGAAAGCUGUAUAUUCGGACUAUGUUUUCAACUUCUAUGCAUGCCAUAGAGAAGUGUGUGAAACUUCAUGGACACAUCACAUUCUGUUUGACUCACAUCGUGUAAUAACAGUAAGCCAAAAUAACAACAUUAACCCAUCCUACCAAGCCAUGUGCUCCUUCAUCAACGCAUAUUCAUGAUGUGGACAUAAAUUAAGAGAACAGCUGUAAUGCUAGGAUGUAUUUUUUAUGAAAAGUGUCGGACGUGAACAUGUAGUUUUAAUGUUGUUUGGUGUACUGGAAUAAGCACACGCUGAACAUUCAUCCAUCUGAGCAUAACAAAAUAAAUUACAUCUACGCUGUAGUGUCGUAUAAUAAGCCUCCUGCUGUGCUGCCCCAGGGAUUGACGAGUCCAGAGUUAUGAUAUACAUCCAAAACUCAGCAGUAAAAUAAAAAUGCCCUUUAAAAUAUUAUUUGCUGAUGCACAAAAUCCACAUGGGAAACAGACGUGAGGUUUGUGUCAGUCUCAUACCUGCUGGAAUUCUUAAUUUUUUUUUUUUUUCCUAAGUCUUGUAUCCAUGUUUUGGUCUCAUGCCUUGUUUUGAAGAGUAAGAGUCUGUCACUCAAUGCCUUGGUCACACAAGGCAUUCCUAUUCUGCUGUCUCCAGGAGUGGGGCAAAAAA